AUGGAUCUUGCAUCUGAAAACGGAGAUGGCGGAAUAGUUGAAGUACUUCUUGAAGAAAGAGCAACUUUACAGCAGAAGCCGAAGAAAAGCAUAAGGUGGUCUCCGUAUUCCGUUUUUGCCACUUUGGGAGAAAAGAAUUUUAUGAUACCUUUCGGUUUGGUCACUGCGUUGCAUAUUGUGUCUGAGGAGGAGCAAGCAGAAGUGGUUAAGAUGCUUCCUGAGAAGAGAGCAAUUAUUACUGCAGAAAGCGAUCAGAAGGUCUAUCUUUGGACCGGCGCGUUCCGCAAGCGUGGCAGGCUUGUGCCGAAAGUGGCGUUUUUGUGCUAA